UUGUAUAACAUAUCAUGUCUCGGUAUCCUCUUCAAACCCUAAGCGGCGAUUUCGAUCUGUAUCUCGCUCUCUCUCGCUCUGUGUCUCUUAGGAUUCGGAGAUUUCUUGCGCUAUACUCUGUGCGUUGUGAUGGGUUUGGCUUACCGUUUAUCGGUGACCAAACGGAAGAGAAUGAAGAGAAGGAGAAAAGCGGAGACGGAGAUUCCAAAGGAUGUGGUGAUGGGGGAGAUCCUUACGAGGCUGCCCGUUACGUCACUGAUGAGAUUCAAGUGUGUCUCGAAGCUUUGGUCAUCUCUCAUCUGCUCACGAUACUUCUGCAACCGUUUCCUCGCGGUCCCACUACGACCAAAGCCUCCUCGACUUUACAUGUGUUUGCACGAUUGUAGUGACCCUCGUAACUCUGUAACACUAUCAUUGGCUCCAGACGCUGCUAGUACUAGUUGCUUUGUAGUUGACCACGAUCUGACCACCCCACGGAUAGGAGGCUACAUCUGGCAAAACUUUCGUGGCUUCAUGUGCUACACCAUUUGGGAUAAGCCACGGAUCUAUAACCCUGCCACCAGACAACUAGUCACCUUACCAGCUGCCGUCAAACUCAAAUCCAACAACAGAGAAAAGAGCUUCAAAGUCGUCUCCUACUAUUUUGGACAUGACCCUGUCAAGGACCAGUACAAAGUGGUCUGCUCAACUGGUAUCAACUACUAUUACCCUAAUGGUGUCAACUUGAAACGAGUGAUAAGUUCAGAGCAUCGGGUCUUUGCCCUAAAAGCUGGUGGAGGAGGUUCCUGGAAAAAGGCCGCUCCAACUCCAAGUAACUUUCUUCCUCACAUUCCGGACGUAAGAGGAGUGUGCAUCGAUGGGGUUAUAUAUUACCUUGGUUGGACUGACACGUAUAAAUCUGCGCUUGUGAGUUUCCACAUUAGAUCCGGAGACUUCAAAAUGAUCCAAGUUCCUCGCAGGGACGGAGAUGAGCUGCCUCUAAGGGUCAUUAAUGUGACUCUUAUAGAGUAUGGUGGCAAAGCAACCAUCUUUGACCAAACCAAUCUUCAAGAAAAGGGUAUUCUUGAUUUAUGGGCUGUGGCAGAUGCCCGGAACGAGAUAUGGUCGAGGAAAACUCUUGUCCUGAAGCCUUCUCAGCUGCAUUUGGUCAAUAACUACACUUCAUUCAAUAUCAGAGGUACAACUCAAAAUGGCAAGGUUUUCUUGAUACCUUGGUGUUUGCAUUCUCCCUUUCACAUUCUCUGUUAUGAUCUGCAAACCAAUGAUAUGAGGAAGAUCGAAAUCAAAGGUGUACCUGACCACUGGUUUAGUAAGGACAAAUUGACCGUUAACGUGACGUUGAUGGAACAGAGGGAGAGUGUCAUGUACUUGAAGACUUGAAUUAAUCAUUUAUGCAUGUCUUAAGUUUAAUUAUUGGUUUUAGUAUGAGAUUUUAAAAAGUUUCUCGUGUUUCUUGUUCAUAAACCACUUCCUCUCUUUCUUUGAUAUGAAUACAAUCAAGCCACUUCCGUUUA